AACCUUCUUGUUAGAUCACUAGUUCCUUUUUUUCGUACACCUUUUUUUGUUUUUGUUUUUUUCGCUAAAGUUUUGAUCUUUGGUUUUGGGGUGAGCAUUUUCUUCUUGUUCAAGUUGGUGGGGUUGAGAUAAUUUUCUUGAGAAAAUGAAGGACACUGUGGGAAACCCUUUGCACCUCAAGUCUGUGAACCACAUCUCCCUCGUAUGCAGAUCAGCUGAAGAAUCUAUGGACUUCUACCAGAACGUUCUUGGUUUUUUCCCAAUCAGGAGGCCCGGUUCUUUUGAUUUUGAUGGGGCAUGGCUAUUUGGCUACGGUAUUGGAAUUCAUUUGCUAGAAGCAGAAGAUCCUGAGAAUUUGCCAAGGAAGAAAGAAAUUAAUCCAAAGGAUAAUCAUAUAUCUUUCCAGUGUGAGAGCAUGGGGGCAGUGGAGAAGAAGCUGAAGGAGAUGGAGAUAGAUUAUGUAAGAGCAACGGUAGAAGAAGGUGGAAUACAGGUAGAUCAGCUAUUUUUUCAUGACCCAGAUGGGUUCAUGAUUGAGAUAUGCAAUUGUGAUAGCCUUCCUGUCAUACCCUUAGUGGGUGAGGUGGCAAGAUCAUGCUCGCGUGUGAACCUUCAGAUGAUGCAAAAUCAGCAGCAGAUACACAAUAUGGUCCAGCAAUUGUGAGGUGGAACUGCAGCAACAAGAGUUGUUAACUAUGCCACGAGGAAAACUCUCUCUUUAUUUUUAUGUUGUCUAGUUGUUAAUGUAUCAUUCUGUUUCUUAUGUUUUGUUUCCUUUUGUAACAAUAAACAAUUCACCAAUUGUUCCUAAUCAAAAACUGAGUGGUCCUUUUGCUACUGUUUGGUUGUUUUCAA